CUCAAAUAUACGUAACCUGUCUGACGCCCGAAUGUUCGGGGAACAUGGCGUGCCCGUGGCUGAGGCAGUGCCGGAGGUGGAGUGCGAACUGUGCCAGCACGAGUCUGUUGGAAACCGUGCGGCACUUUAACGGCCGGGCCGCGCCGCCGUCCUCCGCGACGUCCUCUGUCGGGCGGACGUCGCGGAGCCCCGGGCCGGGGAGCGAGGGGCAGCUAUCGGCACAACCUACACGGACACACCUAAAAACCUUUAACCCUACCACAUCUCUACAACACAAUUCACGGCUGCUGACUCCGACACUACAAUCUUGCCGUCGCAGACAAUAUUUACACACUGAUGUGAAGCUGAAGGACCCCUACACAUUAGCACAGAAAGAUUUAACAAAUUUAUAUGAUGACAUCAGAAAGGAGCUAUUUGUAUCCAAAGAAGAGCUGAAGUCGCUAUGCGACUACUACUUCGAUGGAAAGGGAAAAGCCAUCCGACCAAUGAUUGUCAUCCUAAUGGCUCGGGCACUGAACGCUCACAGCAACCGCUCCGGAGAUCUGCUCCCAGGGCAGAGGACCAUAGCUAUGAUCGCAGAGAUGAUCCACACUGCCAGCUUGGUGCACGACGACGUGAUAGACGGAUCAGAUCAACGGCGGGGAAAGAGAACCAUCAAUGAGUUGUGGGGGGAAAAAAAGGCUAUCUUGGCUGGAGAUUUCAUCCUGUCGACUGCCUCCAUGGCCAUGGCUCGUAUUGGAGACAACACUGUUGUAAAAGUGAUGUCCCAGGUGAUGGAGGAUCUGGUGCGAGGUGAAUUCAUGCAGCUGGGCUCCAAGGAGAACGAGAACGAGAGAUUCAAACACUACCUCGAGAAGACCUUCAAGAAGACGGCGAGUCUCAUUGCAAACAGUUGCAAAGCAGUAUGCGUUCAGGUGAACUCUGAUCCUGAAGUUCAUGAAAUAGCCUACAAGUAUGGGGAGAACAUUGGCAUUGCAUUUCAGCUGGUGGACGAUGUCUUGGACUUCACGUCCGGAGCCAGCCACCUGGGGAAGCCCUCGGCUGCAGAUCUCAAACUGGGCUUGGCCACCGGGCCGGUCCUGUUUGCGUGUCAACAGUUUCCUGAGCUCCAUGCAAUGAUCAUGAGACGCUUCAGCUCUAAAGGAGACAUCGAUCGAGCCUGGCAGUACGUCCUUCAGAGUGACGGCGUGGAGCAGACCAAAUACCUGGCCCAGCGCUACUGUGAAGAAGCCAUCAGGCAGAUCAGUAUGCUGAGGCCGUCGGCCGAGAGAGACGCCCUCAUCCGGGUCACGGAGAUGGUGCUCACCAGAGACAAGUGAGCCUCCUGCCAGGCUGCACUUCAGGCCGCUACCUGUGGGGGGGGCGGGCAACUCACCUUGAACUCUCAACGUUUGCGCUGACCGGAGUCGGCCGAAAACGUUGCUUCAAAAACCACGAGUUUGGUUCGGAAGGACCCCUGGUGCUGGUUUGUCAAACACCAUAAAUAUAUAAAUAAACAAACAUGGUUUUUAGUGCAAAUCGUUCAGAUUCCCUGACUGGCAACGACAGUGAUAAUUUGGAAAAAAGGAAAACAUUAUGAACUUUUUAUUAAAUUAAUGGAUAUUGCUGAAAACGUUUAAUCCAAACUGUUCACGUCAUUCAGUACUGUGAUCGUCUCAUGCUUGAAUUUGAUUUGUUACACGCUGGCAUUAUUGUUAUUAUAUAUUGUGGGCGUCGUUCCAAGCGGACGAUGGGCGUCGUCAUCGGAUCGAUGUUUUAUUUUUUAAGAUCCGUCCGCACCUCAGAAGCCAAACAAACAGUCACGUGUCUAUUUUGACUGAAAAUGUUCUCCGGUUACUUAUUUAUUGCAAAGUGCCCAGUGAAAACUAAUAAGGCCUUAAACAUCUUCAAGGACUGAUCAAUAAACCUACAAUUAUG